AUGUCAGAGACCGCCGUGUAUGGAGGAUCAAUCGAUUGGGAACGGUCUAAGUCGGAGGAUGAAGACGACGAUGACGAAGAAGAGUAUUCGUCGCCGGAGAUGUCAUCGCAAUCAUCUCCGCGACCACCUUUAUCGUCGAAUUUCGAGAAAGAUCGACACUUGGUAUACUUAGAGAUGAUGUACGAGUUGCUUCCCUACCAUUAUCAAUCGCAAGAGAUCAAUCGUCUCACUCUCGCUCACUUCAUAAUCUCAGGAUUCCACUUUCUCGGCGCAAGAGAUCGUGUUGAUAAAGAUGUUGUUACAAACUGGGUUUUGUCCUUCCAAGCCUUUCCUAGUAACAGAGCUGCACUGAAAAAUGGGGAAUUUUAUGGUUUCUUUGGUUCAAGGAGUUCUCAGUUUCCUCAAGAUGAGAAUGGGGGUUUAACUCACAACUGUAGUCACUUGGCAAGCACUUACUGUGCCUUAGCCAUUCUGAAGGUCAUUGGGCAUGAUCUCUCGACCAUGGACUCUGAAUCACUAUUGUUGUCCAUGAGAAACCUUCAACAGGAUGAUGGAAGCUUCAUGCCUAUCCAUACUGGAGGCGAGACGGAUCUUCGGUUUGUAUAUUGUGCGGCUGCAAUCUGUUACAUGCUGGAUAAUUGGAGUGGAAUGGACAAGGAGAUGGCUAAGAACUACAUUUUAAACUGUCAGUCAUAUGAUGGUGGCUUUGGGUUGAUCCCUGGUUCUGAAUCUCAUGGUGGUGGUACUUACUGUGCUAUUGCAUCCCUCCGAUUGAUGGGAUUCAUUGGAGUUGAUCUGCUAUCAAAUGGUUCAAGCAGUUCAAUAAUAGACCCUUCAUUGCUUCUCAACUGGUGUCUACAGAGACAAGCCAGUGAUGGUGGGUUUCAAGGUAGGACUAACAAACCGAGCGACACAUGCUAUGCGUUUUGGAUUGGAGCUGUCCUUAAACUCAUAGGAGGUGAUGCACUCAUCGACAAAAUUGCUCUGCGCCAAUUUUUACUGAAUUGUCAGUCCAAGUAUGGUGGGUUCAGUAAAUUUCCUGGACAAUUACCGGAUCUGUAUCAUUCAUACUACGGUUACACGGCUUUUAGCCUCUUGGAGGAACCGGACUUGAGUCCUCUAUGUCCUGAGCUAGGGUUACCUCUUCUCGCAUCCUCAGGAAUCUGA